UUGAUGAUCCCGUCAUGCGUGAGCUUUUUACCAAGUCUCGACUGCCGCUGGAGACCAUUCAGAGAGUGUGGAAGCUGUGUGACAUCGAGAAAACUCGUGAACUAGAUCGAGACGAGUUUGUGAUGGCAUUACACAUGUGCCGUAUACUCGCACACCACACGGGAAGCACUGUGCCUCAUGUUCUCCCUACUAGUAUCGUCCCCCGCGACAAAAGGAAGCAGAUCUUAUCACGACGCGAACAACAACAACAGCACCAGCAGCAACACCAGCAACAGGCAGGUCGUUUACCACCCUCCGCCCACUUCUCCUCAACCAAGAGCGCGGAGGAGAGGGCCCUAGUGUACGAGCCGUCUAAUAUCCAAUUUCAU